GGGAGGCACGGUGUGGCAGGCUUUUCCGUCCCGCGCUGCCAUGCCGGGAUUUGCGUUGGCGCCGGUGAAGGGGGGCCGCCCUUUGGAGCUGCCGCCCGGCGAGACAGUGCUAGGAAGAGGCGCCCUGCUGGGAGUUACAGAUAAAAGAGUAUCCAGGAAACAUGCUAUUCUGAAGGUAGCUGGCAAUCAUCUUAGCAUCAAACCGGUGCAUGUAAACCCAUGCUUUUAUCAGCCAACUGAAAAUGGCCAAAUCUCGCCAUUGGACAUUGAUAAAUGGCACCAACUAAGCCCUGGUGACAGGUUUUCUCUGUUGGUAGACAAAUAUGCCUUCAAGGUUCUCUUCGCUCCUUUGGAAGUGGAAACUCAAAGAAAGCACUGUCACUUCCUUGUAGAAGACAUACCAAAUCAAACUUCCUCAGUUCUUCAGCCAAGCAGGAUGCCUCACCAACAGGAUCUAGGACAGCAAUCAACCCCUUCCAAGAAUCACCAGCUUCUGGAAACACACUUAGUAUUGGAGAAAGCAGCUGAAACCCCAAAGAAGUUCUCUGUUAGAUUUUCUGAAACGAAAGAAGUACAGCCGGCUGAAAAGAGGAAAAGGGUUCUUCCAACAUGGAUGCUGCAAGCAGAUCCUAGUCCAUCAGCUUCCGUCUCUGGAACAGGAAAUGGUGUCAAGAUUAUAAAAGACUCAGGAAAAAAGCGGAAGAUGAGUGAAAAUGAAGAUACUCCCCUUAUAACAGUGGAUAUGCCAGGAAUCUCUGAAGAACUUGUAAGAGAACUGGAAAGGAAUGAAAGCAAAGUACAGCCACAAAAAGCUGGAAGUUCUGCAGGGCAAUUCACCUGUCUGUCCGAGAAUGAAGAGGUGGACUUCAGCCCUCAAAAUGUACGAACGUGUCAGCUCACAGAAACCAAUAUAACGGGUGCAGUUAAUAACAGUUGGGAAGACGAUAGCUUUAAAACAGAGCAAUUUUCUCAGGACAGGCCUUCACAAUCUCUUAGUAAUAAGGACGAGAUCCAGGAACUUCCUCAGAUUAACCAGAUUACCAAAACGGAUAUUUCUAAUUUAAAUAGAAGUCAAAAUGUUCUGCAAAACUCCAACAUAUCUAUUCAUCAGCGGAGGAGAGCUUGCCAGUACGGGAAAAACUGCUACAGGAAGAAUCCUAUACAUUUCCAGCAAUUCAGUCACCCUGGUGACAAUGAUUAUCCUGACACAGAAGUUGUAGCAGAAACUGAGAAUGAUAACAAACCCGAAUGUCCUUAUGGAACUGCUUGUUACAGGAAAAAUCCACAGCAUAAGCUGGAAUACAAACACACAGCACCCCCAGGAUCUGAGAAAAGACAAUUGAGGGCAAAGUCUACUAAAAAAGGUAAAGGCAUUUCUUUGGAGGAUAGUGAUGAUGAUGGUGAGCCAAAUGAAUAUGAUCUGAAUGACAGCUUUAUAGAUGAUGAUGAAGAGGAAGAAGAGUGUGAAGCUACUGAUGAAGAUUCUGAUUGGGAACCAGAUUUUCAAGACCAGGAUAAUGAGGAUUUAGAUACACUUCUGAAAGAAGCACAGGAUUUUGCGAAAACCAAGCAAUAAUUAUAUUCAUGGUUUCAUUGAAAUCGAGGAAACUGAAAAGCACGUACUCUGCUGAUCUACAUGAAAUGCCCUGAACUAAAUUUAAAUGUUUCAUUCUAGGAUUGAUUUAAAUUCUUGUUUCCUUGUGUGUGCAACUCUUGAACUGAAGAUGGGAAAACAGAAUUGUAAGAUUGGCAUGAUACUUGCCUAAAACAGAUUUAUGCUCAUUGUUGAAGAGCAAAUGAAGAAAUAAAUGAAUGGUGACAAUCCAGCCAAAGUUAAAGUCCUACACAGUUAAAAUAGACUACAAUAGGUAACUUACACUCUCCUCCUUAAGUGGAUGGCAUAAAAAAGCUUAAAGGUGGCUGAAUUUCACUAGUGAAUAAUUCCUGCUCCUGAAUAAUACACAUACAUAUAAGAGGAUUGCGAUAUGUUUGUUAUUCAUUUUUACAAAUGCACUUUCCUCCAUAGCUGAUUCUGUCAGAGGGAUGAUCUUGUGUUGGAAGCUGUAGCACUUCAUGCCACCAAUUACUGUUGGCUGCGCUGUGACAGAAGGCUUUGGGACUUACAUUGAGAAUUGUUAUUUUCACUACUGAAAUGUAUGAUAAUGUUUGAGUUAAAUGAAGAGAACACUAUGAGGUAUAUAAGAGUAUAUCAUAAAGCUUCUUCUUAACAGCUAAA